AUGAACAGCCACGCUUCGCCCGACGACACUCAGGUCAACGGCAUCCUCCGCCUCGAUCCCGCCAGCGAGUUCGACCUCGCCCGCGAAAAGGCAAACGGCCAAAUCACCUACAAGGCCCAGUCCAGCCGCUCCCACAGGACAAAUGACAGCUACGACGACUCCUCCACACACUCUGCACAGUCUUCAACCUUUUCAGAGACAAAACCUCGGAUCAAUGGGGAUUCAAACUCGACCGCCUCGCCGAGCAUGAGUAGUCCCGCCGCAACGAAUGGAGUCAAUGGCGGAGGAGUCAACGGGAUAAGGCAAGGAGAGAAUGGAAAGAAGCCACUGCCAAACGGCAUCUCGACGACGACAACGCUGGUUGACCGCACAGUGUCUCACCCUCAACAUCAAGCCCAACAUCCACCACCACCACCACAACAACAACAACUGCAGCCGCCCCUGACCAUUGGCACCAAAGAGAACGAGCCCCUCGAGUCAAGCCCCAAAGAUGCCAUCCCACGCACCUCUGUUGGCUCCUCUGGGGCUGCUGGCUCCGUCCAACAGUCUCCUGUCGAGAUGUAUAUCAAGCAGGUAAACAAGGGAGAUGUCACCACCGUAGACAAUGGCACAUCAGGUCUCACAACCAUCCCGUCCAACGGCACCGUUCCGGGAUUUUCAGCUACCAGCCAAUCCAGCCAAGCCCCCUCAACCCCCAGCCCGGACCCCAAUGUACAACAACAAAGACUCUCACCACAUCGCUUCUCCUCCCCUCCCGCCUACCAUCCCGCCGGCUCGAACCCAACCACCGGCGCUCCUAGUGCUUUGCAUCCCCCUUCCGCAGGCCUGAAGCACCGUCACACCCUCGAGGUACCCAAGCUCGCACCGCCCCGCGGAUCACGGGAUGGGAUGGACUCGGCCAUUGCCAGCGGCCGCUUCUCCCCCACCGCUGCCUCAACACCGCUCGGCGGCCGGCGGGCCUCACUCAGUCUGGUUAGACGGACGACGCGAUCGCUCCAUAGUGAGGUGCCUCGCGACGAGAUACUGCCAGAUGAGGACGCUCUGAGAUGGGCGGAGGCGUACCGGCAGAAGAGGGCCAGCAAGAGGAAGAGGCGCGAGGAGGAAGACGAUGACAGAGUUCUCGUGGGCACCAAGGUCGACGAGAAACAUGCCAACUGGGUCACCGCAUACAAUAUGCUAACGGGCAUUCGCGUCGCCGUGUCCCGCACAAACGCGAAGCUGGACCGCCAGCUGACUGAUGCAGAUUUCGAGGCCAAGCAGAAGUCUACCUUUGAUAUUGCCGGCAACGAGCUUGUCCCAUCCGCAAAAUACGAUUUCAAGUUCAAGGAUUACGCUCCCUGGGUAUUCCGUCAUCUCCGCGCUCUAUUCCGACUCGACCCUGCCGACUACCUCAUGUCUCUCACUGGCAAAUAUAUACUAUCCGAACUAGGCUCACCUGGCAAGAGCGGCAGCUUCUUCUACUUCUCGAGAGAUUACAAGUACAUUAUCAAAACGAUCCAUCACGCCGAGCAUAGGUUUCUUCGCAAGAUAUUGAAAGACUACUACAACCACGUCACCGAGAACCCGAAUACUCUGCUCUCCCAGUUCUACGGCCUACACAGGGUGAAGACGCCCUUUGGCCGCAAAAUUCAUUUUGUGGUCAUGAACAACCUCUUUCCCCCACACCGAGAUAUUCACAUGACCUUCGACUUAAAGGGUUCGACGAUCGGCAGAGAUUACAAGGAGGACGAUCUGAAGAAUAACCCGAGGGCGACUCUCAAGGACCUGAACUGGCUGAGGCGGCAGCGACAUCUAGAGCUAGGACUGCAGAAAAAGCGGCUAUUCCUAGAACAACUGCAUAAAGAUGUGCGGUUGCUGCAGAGGUUACAGAUCAUGGAUUACUCCCUCCUGAUCGGCGUCCAUGAUCUGGAAAAGGGGAACGAGGAGAACCUCCGCGCCAAAACUCUCCAGGUCUUCAACCCCGGUGGCGAAGUCUCGGAUGAAUUCGAUCCUCACUCCAUCCUCAUGCGAACGCCGUCGAAACUAGAGAAUCAGCGGAGGGCGCGGGAGCUACGGCAGAUGAUCAAGGCAGAAAGACCAAUACCCAUGGGCCAAAGCAGCAGGGGAAUGCCUGAAGAGCUGGGUGACGAGAAGAAGUCCGAUCUCAUAUUCUACAAAGAUGACGGUGGCUUGAGGGCAACCCAUGAAGACAAUACCCCCGGGGAAGAGAUAUAUUACCUGGGAGUGAUCGAUUGUCUGACACACUACGGCAUCAUCAAGAAGAUCGAACACUUCUGGAAAGGUCUGUACGGCGAUCGUACACAAAUAUCCGCCCUACCCCCUCAUCAAUACGGCGAGCGAUUCAUAAAUUUCAUCGAAGGAGUGACCAUGUCCCACGAGGAGGCCGAGCGAGAAGCCAUUGAAAAGGAGCGGGCUGCCGCGGAAGCUGCCGCGACCAGAGUAUCGGAAGGAGACGCUCAACGCGCCGGCAACUGGAGCAAUAGUCUGCGUCGCAAGUCGACGACUGCGAAUAUCCCCCCAGCGCCGACGCAUCUCCCUCCACCUCCCCCAGGCCCUCUUGCGUCCGGCGCAAGGUCACCCGAAGCCGACGAGACGAUCCGCAGGGCCGAGCACCAGGCCGAGAAGCACGGCGGCAGAGAGGAGGACAUACCCCAGCGCAUCCUCAGGACAACUACAGCAGCCACAGGCGCUAUACUUCCGGCGGCGGCGGCGGUGACGGCGGCUGGGUCGAAUAGUCUCGGGGCCGCCCUCAAACACGGCCCUCCGGAAUGGGAGCGACGGGAGUCCACAAACCCCCCGGGACUGCCAGUGCUCGAGGAGGCUGCAGAGGCGUCUUCGACCGGGGGCCGAAGCGGUAGUAGGAUCAGCCACAACAGCCAAUUCAGCAGCCGGACGACCGACUCAGACGCGCGGCCCCUUACCCCCGCAAAGGACGGCGAGGAGUACGGCGCAGGCUUCGGGACUGGGAUCCUGGCGACCCACGGAAGCGGGAAGAGCAGCAAAGCACCGCCAACGCCACCGAAGACUGGAUACGGACCUGGGUUUCUGAAGCCCGAGAGUGCAGACAGUGGUGUGGGCGUCGGCGCUGGAUCGAGAGCCCGGAGCGGAAGCCAGACGUCCAAGGCGUCGACGACUGGCAGCGCGCGCAUGCGGAACCAGAUCAGUCGGGAGAGUUUGGAUAAGGCCCUGCCGCCCCUGCCACGAGCUGGAUGA